AGGUUCCUCAGUCAUGUGUACGUAUCUAUGCAGCCCAAUGCCGUCUCUACUAGUAGCACCCACAUAUUACUCACUACAAGUAGUCCGAUUUUGGCUCACCUUCUCGGAAUUCUAUUACUUUACCUCUACCUGCUUUUGUGUACGCAUCGAUUUUGUUCAUGAUUCUAGAAAAAGAAAUUCCUGAAUUACAUCCAUGAUGAAUCACCAACCACAGUCUUUGCGAAACAGUGCUCGGGCCUCGCAGACCCAGCACAUUAUCGAGCUCCACGUGGUGUUGUAUCGGGGGCAUGAUUUGCGCACACGUGACCACCCUCCAUUGGCGGAUAUCGCAGCAAAAUUGAGGGUCACCAUGUCAGAAGCAAAGUCUGCAUUCCGUGGCAUGUCAUGUUGUUUCCGUGAGACAAAGCUUGCGUCCACGGCCUGGCGCACCUAUUUUGUUAUAGAAAAAAAACUUCUUCACCGACUUUCAUGGUAAAUUUCAAAGACAGACGUUGACAACAAGACCCGCGGUUUUACUGCGAUUCGAUCGGCUCUGCGAGGAGCGGGAAAACGCGGAGACGGUGUGUGCAGCAGUUAUGUUGUCCCUGCCUUCGUGCGGGGAUCUCCGGCCGCGGAAGCGAGGAGUACCGGGUUUGCUCCCCGGCCCCGAUGUGCAGAACUUUUUCAAGCCGUCGCGCUGGGUCGGCUGAGAGAGACACUUCGUCGUCCUCCCUACUCCACCGAUCUGGUCUGCCUUUUUGCGGCGGAUGGGCAGCGGAACCUCCACGGCGGCGAAGGGGAGGCAGGCAGUGCGAGGGCGCAGCAGAGGACAGACGGAAGCUUGGCCCGGGCUCACGCAGAGGCGCUCCAGAAUUUUUUGGGUCGCUUGAGUGAGCUGUGGCACGAAGGAGAUCUUCAUGGCUCAGGCAUCUUCGAACCUGCGAGAGACGACGCAGCGGGCACAACGCAGCACAAGGAAAGGAGUCCAGCGGAGACAGCGGUACACUUUCAAGUCACGGUGUACGCAAGCUGGCGGUUCGAACCUGCAUUGAGGCAGGAGGACCGCAGAUUUCGAGAGGAGCUGUUGCGUCAACAAGCGUGUGCAGCUGAUAUGAACAAGGGAAUUGUAAGCAGAGCGGCGGUUCUUGUUCGACAUCGCAUUGUGGACGUGAAGUUUUUCAAUUCUAGCCUUCUUCGCGACCCCGAACAGAUUCCGCUGGACCUCGGGGCAUCUGAGAAAGGCGCGUGGCGCGGGCAUUGGGGAACACUAAUGCCUUUUCUCACAUUAUGCAGACAGAAAUUUGGCCAGCCCCCGCGCCCGUCUGGCCGUCCCGACGUCGCCGCGUGUGGCCGCGUUGCCCACAGAGUAUUUCUCAGAUCGGAAGGACUCGCGAGUCUCUCCACGUUACGUGUCCCAGAAGACGUGGUAAUGGAAAGAAGUUCCGAGGAGCGGAAACUGGUCCAGCCAACCCGCCUCAAGACAAUGUCGCGCAGCAACUCUCCUUCGGUCACCGGGGAUGGAACAUCAAGUAUGGUAAUCCCGCCAAUCGUCACGACCGAGACGGACGAUUGUGAUGAUGAUGAAGUUCUUUUUCAGUCAUUGCCGCCGUGGAUGCGAAAGCUCGUCAAGUCUUGGAGUCAGCCAGAGUACGGGCUUGGAAAGUUACCGAUGGACGAGGAGGAGGCGUACGAAGUGAUGCGUUUGUUUGUGUUCGGAGCGAAUUCAACAGCAUCGGGACGUGAUGCCUCCAGGCCCGAAGAUGAACAUCAUCCGAGGAAAGCAGAGGGGAGGCCUCCGGUGGUAGCUCCGUCAGCGUCCGUAAAAAACGCCUUCGGCGGAUUGGCCAACUAUGAGGCGAUGCGUUCUAGGAUCGACAUAGAGCUCGGGAGUAGCCGGCUGUCCGCGGCCUUCCGCCACGGGCUGCUCUCCCCGAACGCUUUGUAUUGGCUCGUGGAAGACGCGAAGCAUCUGAGUCGCGAGCAAAAAAAAACCUUUGCGCGUCGGCUGAUCUGGCGGGAUUUGGCCUAUUUCCAGCUGCGCGCGUUCCCGCAGAUGCACGACGUGGGCAUAUCCCUUGCAAAUUUAUAUUGUCAGCUCCAGGGAAAUGCCAAAAGUAAAGCAUACAAGACGCAGACAAUUUCGGUUCACUGAACUAUUGACAGAAAAAAUGCAUCAAGACCUGAGCCACAUCCUGCGAAUUUAUUGAUGGCGCAAAGAACUACAAAAUUGGUCCAUAAUCGCCAAAAUUGCGCCGGCGGAAAAAAUUCAGUACACCAAUCUAUAAACACAUGAGAUUUACUAGCGCGACGGAACAAUCAAAGGCGCAACGUUGCAGAAGUUGAAAUGAUUAGAACGAUACGCUGCAGCACAAGAAGCCAAUGUGGUCUAGUGUGUGCAAGAAUUGAUAGAGGUCGUCAAUCGACAUAGCAAAACUUUGCGUAGGUUCAUUGUGCCUGAUCGGCUGACAGGUUUGGUUACAAUAGGAAAUCCGACCGCACUACGACCAGACGGAAUGGGAGCGGCCCGAGCCGGGAGCGCGCAGGUCGUACGAGUUCGGGAAGACCGGGUUUCCGCUGGUGGAUGCGGGGAUGCGCGAGCUGCAGCGGACGGGGUGGAUGCAGCAGAACGUGCGGAUGGUGUGUGCCAGCUUUUUGACCGAGUACCUCGGGUGGGACUGGCGGGUGGGACACCGGAUCUUCCACGACUGUUUGGUGGACGCCGACCUUGCAAUCAACGCCAUGAUGUGGCAGAACGCGGGGCGGAGUGGGAUCGACCAGUGGAACUUCGUCCUGAAUCCUUGCGAGGGGAAGUCGCGCGACCCAGCGGGCGUGUACGUGCGUCGCUGGUGUCCGGAGUUGCGCAGUGUUGCAAAGGCGCGACUAUUCGACCCGCACCAGGUCGCGGCCACCACAAAGGGAGACACCGGUGCGAAGGAUUCGGCGGGGAGAACGUGGGCCCGCGGUGGCGGAAAUACUAGGGGGUCGCGGGGAAAACAGGAGAACCAGAGAUAUUCUCGAGGGCCGUUCUCGGCAGAAGUAGAUAGCGAGGGUCCUGCGACUGCGCGCCAAGGACUGGAGUCGGUGUCAGUUAGCAUGGAAGAGGUGGCGGGAAGCAGUGGCGGCGGGGCAGCAGGACCUGCAGCGAGAGAUGGUUAUCCGUGCCCCAUCAUCCGGGAUUUGCCCGCUGCGAGGGAUCGGGUGCGAAGGCGGGUGUUGGCGGUGCGCCGCAAAAAUUUACAGAACAAUGACAGGUUGGCUGUGCGCACAAGCACGAACCACCUGCCCCAAGACCAAGCACAUGCCGCCCUUUUGUCCGCGAUGCAACCGGUAAAAACCACUCCAAAUGCCGGCAGCAAAAUAUCAGCAGAAAGCAAAAAACUGCAUUCCGAGUAUGUCUCGAACCUCAAUAACAAAUUGAAGUCGACAUUGCGAGCGCGACGUGUUUCGGGUUCUGUUUUUGCGUCACGGCCUCCAUCGCGAGCGGAGCUGCUUUCUUCACCAGACGAAAACUUGACAUCCGAGGACGACAGUGAUGCACCUUCAUCCGAAGUAGAAGCUACUCCUUUGGCAACCGCCUCUACGCGGACUACGACUCUGCGCGCAAGCAUCGCUACCAGCGACCGUUUGUCCUGUGCACCCACGAAAUCCUGUAAGCCGGCCUCUGCAUCAACAGUGAAGAAGAACCCAGCAAAAAAAGCAAAAACAGCAUCCAAGUGCGUGCUCAAGUGCAAGUCUCAAUGCGGUAAAACCUCCAAGAACCAUAGUAAAGCCAGCAGGCCUGCGUCGUCAACUUCGGGAAAGCAAAUUGGUUUUGUCGUACCGACCACGAAACCAAGCGGGAUAGCAAAGAAGAGAGAUUUGCCGCUCGUUCCAAUUUGUAUACCUGUAAGCACCCCGGGUGAGGCUCCUAAAGUCCCAAAUUUUAUGUCAUCAUCUGUGACUUUUUUUGAUUUUUCAAAUGAAAAUUUACUCAGAUAACCUCUACUUUUCCUCUUCCGCCCGUGUGUUGUUCUUCCAUGAUCAUGAGCACAUUUUUGCCAUGAGCGACGUAUUUUCUUCCAUGAUCAUGAGCACAUUUUUGCCAUGAGCGUCGUAUUUUCCUCCCUCCAAGAGUGAUGAGAGUCUGGUGCUCUUUGAGUGAAUAUGUUUUUCUGCUGUAUCCCUUCCUCGGUCUGGUGCUACUUGUCUAUUUUUAUUAUUUAUGAUCCACAUUUCGAUCUUACGUAAGCUUUGCUCGAUCCUCCUCGGUACACUCACAUUUUCUCAUGCUGUUCUCAUGCCUCGACACUUUUGAGAGAUCUCGAUAUCGAUCUUUUAUUGCUAUUUUGUAUCGAUCUCUUAUGUACCCGGGUCGUUAUUUUUUCGCAUCUUUAUCGAUCUUUAUCGCCUUUGCAUGUUCACAUCGCAUGUUCGUUUUUUCGACUUCGCUAUCGUUCUAUGAAUUAGUUUCGUUCUAUUUCGUAUUUUUUCGAUUUCGAUAUCGUUAUCGCCCUCGUAUCGGAUUUCGGUUUUCUUUCUUCUAUGUGAUGGUUCUACAUUUCGUGUCUUUCUUCUUUUCCCAUGCACGUUGUUGUUGUGUUUCCGUAGCAGGUGAACCGGUACCCCUGUCCUCUUCGGAAAUCUUUGACACUUCAACAAGCGAGCACUCCCAAAUUUUGUUCUCAUCCUGGUUGCUUCAAAGAGCAACGAGACAAAGUUCGGUGAGACGGCAGGGGCAGCAGUGCAUUCCUAUAAUCGGUUUCCCAUCUCAACGUCUAACUGGUUUCUGUUUUCGUGCGAAGGCGGGUGUUGGCGGUGCGCCGCAAAAAUUUACAGAACAAUGACGAGGGUGGCUACGAUAGGAUACUGCUCCCCACCGGAGCGCGGACGCGCGUCUUCACUCGCAAGGAAUUCCGAAUUAAUGGCACCUGCGUGAGCGCUGAAUUUCAACCGGGUCCGCGAAACACUGAGGGGACAGAAACCGACAAAGUUGUCACAGCGGUGUCGCUGAUGCGGCUCGCCGCGAGCGAGCCUGCAAAAGGAACAAACGGUGGCGGCAACCGCGGUGCCGCAGCGGCAUCAUCCUCGGAGACAGCGACUGCCGCCUCGAAGCGCCGAAGGUGGCAGAAGUCGUGA